UCAAUUCGUGUUCUAUGGAGGAGAUGAGUCACUUUGCCAAUUGCGAGCCAACAGCUUGUGGAUCAGCGGAGCGAGGGAGGAGGCCGAAUGGCUUCCGUUCUUCGGAAAAAUGCGCUGAUCUCAUUGCUGUUGAUUGCCCUAAUGCUUGUUAUUGUUGCAGGUUUAGAGGCGGAGAGCAUUGGAGACGCAGGGAGUGACUUGUUGAGAGAGAUUCUUAGGGAUGAAGCGGUGGAAAGGAUCAAUCAGCUCGCGAAGAUAUCUGAUGCUGAUGGAUAUCUUGAGAGGACAUUCCUAAGUCUAGCCUCGAGGAAAGCUGCAGAACCAAUAAUCAAGUGGAUGCAAGAUGCUGGGUUGAGGACGUGGGUUGAUCAAAUGGGAAACAUACAUGGCCGAAUUGAGAGUGUUAAUAGAACUGAAGAGACCUUGUUAAUUGGAUCUCACUAUGACACUGUUGUUGAUGCUGGAAGGUUUGAUGGAUCAUUGGGCAUUAUAUCUGCAAUCUCUGCUUUGAAAGUUUUAAAGAUAAGUGGGAAAUUGCUCAAACUCAAGAGACCAGUAGAGAUCAUUGCAUUUAGUGAUGAGGAGGGUGUAAGAUUUCAGUCUACAUUUCUAGGCAGUGCAGCUAUUGCUGGUCAGCUCCCUGCAUCAGUGUUGAAAACAUCUGAUAAGAAUGGUGUCACAAUUCAAGAUGUGCUGAAAGCAAAUUCUUUUGAAGGCACUGAUGGAAGUCUUCUUCAGGUCAAGUAUGAUCCUGAAUCUGUGUGGGGUUAUGUGGAGGUGCACAUUGAACAAGGUCCUGUAUUGGAAUCUCUUGGUUAUCCUCUUGGCAUUGUCAAAGGAAUUGCUGGACAAACACGAUUAAAGGUAAAAGUAACUGGUUCUCAGGGGCAUGCAGGUACUGUUCCAAUGCUAAUGCGUCAAGAUUCAUUAACCGCAGCAGCUGAACUUAUUGUAAAUCUGGAGAGUCUAUGCAAAUAUCCUGAUAGAGUCUUCACCUGCAACGAGCAGUGUGGAUGCUAUAGCAAAGAAUCCUUUUCAGGAUUGGUUUGCACCGUGGGGGAGAUAUCUACCUGGCCAGGCGCAAGCAAUGUCAUCCCAGGCCAGGUAAACUUCACUGUUGAUGUACGAGCAAUGGAUGAUGAGGCAAGGGAAAUUGUAGUUUCAGAAUUUUCACGCCAAAUCUAUCAAAUAUGUGACAAUCGGAUGGUUAAUUGUACUAUCGAGCGUAAGCAUAAUGCAGAGGCAGUACAUUGCGACUCUGAGCUAAGUCGACAACUCAAACAAGCAGCUCACUCAACCAUGAAGAAGAUUUUGGGAAAAAACAUUAGGGAAGUGCCGAUACUGAUGAGCGGAGCGGGGCAUGAUGCAAUGGCAAUGUCUCAUCUUACCAAGGUGGGGAUGGUGUUUGUUCGAUGCCGCGGAGGUAUCAGCCAUUCUCCCGAUGAAUAUGUAAUGGAUGAUGAUGUCUGGGCUGCUGGUCUUGUUCUUUUAAAUUUCCUCGAUCAACAAGUAAUUGACGACCACAUGAGCUCAUAGAAAGACUCAUGAGAUGUGGCUUGUAAAGUUGUUGCCUCGUAGUGGACCAUGAAAGACUCGUGCAAAUGCAAUGGAUACUCAAAAGUUCUCGUGCACUGUUUGAGUCAGUGAUCUGAUGAAAAGAAGAAUCAGAUCUUCAUUAGCUUGUAAGCAACAGUCUCUUUAUCAUCAUUGUUACUAUGGUACACACAUAAUAUUAUUAUAUAAACUUUACAUGGUUUCAUU